UAAAUAUAUUUUAGGUCUUAGAUUCUUAGUUUAAUUAUGUAGAGAAAUGGGAUUAACAUAUGAAAAAUAUGCAGGAUAAUUAAGAAAAUUAGAAAGGAAAAUGGAAAUGAUGGAAGAAUACUAAGGUCAAGACAUAAAUUUAAUGAAGAUGAAUAAGUUCGAUUACCUUAAGGAGACGAUAAUUCUGUUAGUUUCCCUUACAAUAAAAGGUAACUAUAAUUAUAUAUUAUUACUAGGAGAGGUAAUAAAUAAUCACAUCCUAAGACAAAUGUAAGAUAAAACUUAGAUGAUGAAUAGUUUUAAGAUGGGGUAGAAGAUAACUUUUUACCAUGAUAUAAUAUAAUAUCUAAUUAAAUAUCUUCUUUUUAUUGAGAAAUCAACAAACUAUAGGUCUUAUGUAUUUAAGAGCAAUACUUAGACAUAUUUUGUUUAUAAUACUUUCAUAUUUUUUUAAAUGUAUUAUUAUCUACGAAUUCAAUUCUGUGUAUUCCAAUUUAUUACUAGUAAGGAAGAUCUGUACUAUUAUUCUUAAGUUUUCUCUAUAAACCUAAUUAAGAGUUACUAGAAAAUCCACCAAAAAAUAAUUAUAAUGCCAUAAAUAUACCAUAAAACCACAUAUUCUAAAUAUGCAUGUCCUUAAAUAUUAAAAAGCUACAACUUAUUUUUAAUUUCAGAAAUUAAAAAUAGACUCUAUGUUCUUUUUACAAUUUUUAUGUUGGCAAUAUUAGAAUUUAUUAUGGUACUAAUUAAAUAAAAUUCAAAAUAUUUUAACUAUUGUUUUAUUUUCAUGGAGUGA